AUCAUCCAAAUCGCUAAUAUCCGGGCCCUCCUACAGGCCAGACUCGAUUGCGUACUCGCGAGACUGCUUAGCCCUGCGUGGUCAGUCGAUUUCGCGACAAUGCUCUCAUCUCUGACCUCCGGCUCUUACUAGACCUCCAGGUACCUAUAGACCUGAAGUACCUAUUUGACCUCCGAGUGCUACGCCUCCAAAAUCUCAAACACCUACUGCAUCUCCAGACAACAAUCCGCAAAAAUAAUACGUACUAGACCUCAAGUACCUAGUUCACUUACGAGUGCUUGACCUCCAAAAUAUCCAACACCUACUGGAUCUGAAGGUAAUAAUCUGCAAGUGCCGAGGUGAUACAGAUCCAGAACCUGCUAUUCCCCAAGUACCUGGUUGACCUCAAAAAUUUGCAGCAGCUACUGCAUCCACAGGUAACAAAUCCUCAGGUAUUAGACAUCAAUUUCCUGCUAAUUCUCUUGGUGCGGUGUCCACAAGCGUCAGAUCUCAAGAACCUACUUGACCUCCAGAUAAUAGACCUGAAGCACCUGCCAAGCUUCUGCAGUAUCUACAGGACCUUCAAGUGUAAGAUCUCAAGUACCAGAUUUGCAGACUCUAAGCUUCAAGAACCUACUUGACCUCCAGAAGGCUUGCAGGAUCUCAGUGAGAAUGAGUAAGAAGAAGUCAAUACCUUCGAGGAGUCUCAGUAAACAAGAUGAACUUCUCAGCGUACAGGCUCAGUACUUCAAGCGUUUGGAUGAGCAGCAGCUUAGCAGAUCGGAUAAGUUCAAGAGGUUUAUAUGGAAUCCGAAAAAUGGGGAGUUUUUUGGAAGAACAGCCAGCAGUUGGUUUGCAUUAUGACUGUACCCUUGCCCCCCGUUUUCUGCGCCCAUGGUGUCCGGCGCGCAUUCCGCCAAGAACGACCAACAACCAGCGCGGCAACAGAGCGAAGACGGACAGACCGUUGCCCAUUGGUGAAUAGUCGUGCCUCGCCUACCUGGAUGACUGUAGUAGACAGUUAUGCCACCGUGAGUAAAACAAAACACUGCCGCGCUUAGGUUAGAAUCUCGUUACUUAAACUUUAGAAGUUAGAAAAUAUGGCAAAACCGGUACGCGACGAGUUGGAAACUCCUCUAAGAAGGAGGCCGUUCAUCAGCAAAAGGAUCUUCAAUAAAGAAGAAAAGAAAUUUCUGAAUCGGACAGGGAAAAGUUGGGCGAAAAUCGGUCUAUUCUACCUGAUCUUCUAUGGCAUGCUGGCGGCGCUGGUCGCUAUCUGCAUGUGGGUAUUCUUCCAGACCCUGGAUCCCAGAAUUCCAAAAUGGCAGUUGGACAGGUCCCUAAUUGGAACCAACCCCGGUCUAGGAUUUAGACCGAUGCCCAUGAAUAAUGAGGAGAGUACCCUCAUCUGGUUCCAGGGCUCAAACAAGACCAAUUAUCAAAUUUGGGUGGACCAUAUAUUGCAGUUUUUGGACAAGUAUUACGUCCCGAGUAAGAUAGCCAAAGGUAAUGGUCAGAUAAAGACCUGUUCCCAUUCGGACCCACCGAAAGCAGACGAAGUAUGCGAAGUCGACGUCAGAGACUGGGGCGAUUGCAACAAAGACAGGCACUUCAACUACCACAUGAACGCCCCCUGUAUAUUCUUGAAGCUGAACAAAAUCUACGGCUGGACGCCGGAAUACUAUGAGGAUCCCAACGAUCUUCCUAAAGAAAUGCCCAAGAGGCUUAAGGAGCAUAUCAGGAAUAUCACUUCGAUGGAGGAUUUACAGAGACGCACAGUAUGGAUAACUUGUGAAGGAGAGAACCCAGCGGAUAUCGAAUAUCUGGGACCAAUAACGUAUUACCCAUCGCAAGGCUUCCCAGGGUACUACUAUCCCUAUUUGAAUAGAGAAGGCUACUUGAGCCCUCUAGUUGCUGUCAAAUUCGAGAGACCAGUUCCCGGCAUCGUGAUAAACGUGGAGUGCAGGGCGUGGGCCAGAAAUAUAAAAUUCAGCAGAACUGAAAGAACAGGAUCGGUACAUUUUGAAUUGCUUAUCGACUAAACCGAAGGAUUGUCUAUUGUCUACGAUUUUUACCAACAAACAAAGUUGGCAUGGUCAGAAUAAAAGUGUAAUAAAGACUGAUAUGGCGGUUGAAAUGAAUCUCGUAUUUCCAUCAGCUAUUGGGAUGCAGUUUUUAAGAAUCUGGUGCGUACAAGAAAUACUGUAGCUCAGUAGACUCCAAAAAUAACACAUGCCCACAGAAUAGAAAAAGCUGUGUUUGCUGGCGUUCCCAUCUAUUUUUCAAGUCAAAUAUCAAAGUAAUUUAGGCGUUAAGAUCACAAAUCUUAAUUAUACAAUAAAACCGCAUGUACUGACCGAUCUUUACUGUAGUAAAUGUUUCUAUGUUUCUAUGACAAUGAUAUGUAUUUGGUUUAUUUAUAUAAAGCGAUCAAAUACGAGUAUAUGUAAUUGUACUGAAAAAGAUCACCUUUUGGUUAGAGUACGUUUGCUAUAGUAAAAAAGGUCUGUCAAUACAUGUGGUUUUAUUAUCGACAUGUAAAGCAUGGGAUGAGUUUCAGAUGUUAUACAAAUUUUGGGAUUAUUGGUGGAUAUGCGUCUCAUCAGAGAUCCACCAAAAUCACAAAAAAUUGUGAUUCUGAUGUCAAAAUUACUUUCAUAUGUACACAUGGACCCCCAAAAUGGAAAUAUAGUGAGACCCCAGUACUCGCCCCUUUUUAUAUUUCUGAGGACCUGUGUUUAUGCAUUUUCUCUAACAUUUUUCCAUCGACUCACAAUUUUGAAUUCAACUUCGUUCAGCAAGAUAAAUAUAUGGCAAAAAACAUAGUCGGACCCUAAACAGAUAGAGUCUUUUUUAUUAUACAAUAAAAGUAGUAUUAAACAGCAUCUAUUUACACUUUCAGUAAAUUAAUUCUAAAAAUUAUGUGUUUGUCAUAGUGGAAGUAAUUUUUUGUUAUGUUCCAAAACAUCACUAGAAAAUCCCACAGAGUCUAUAUAAUUGAAGUGGUUCUUAUAAGCUGGUCGAUAGAAUAACCUAAAUCGUUGAUUAACGUACUCUACUUGAAGACAGUAGAGGGUUUUUAGUACUCUUAUUUUGCUCGUUCCUGAUGAUCGAUCCUCUUUAUUUUGAUUUUGCACAGUAGCAGAACAACCUUUCCUUAUCCGUUAUCGAAAUAAGAAAACUUUGUUAGUUCCAGAGAAUACAGAGGGCUUCUUGUGUAAGCUUAUUUUUCCCUUAUUCAGCGCUGAUUACUGCUACACUUGCAUAUAAUUUAUAACACAUUUAUAACUAUGUCGACUGCACUAUUAUUCCAUCUUUAUUCCGCGUUUGCUGUCCACUGGCUCGACUGUGACUGCCACGUUCCGCCAUCUGGUCGGAUAUUUAUUCCCCCAUCGACGAGUCGACAAACAUUCCAGCGUUUUCGGGAACUUACAAAAAAAUAGUCUAGAUGUCAGCAGGUGCUUCCAGGCGGAAGAGUUUUAGAUCAGAGAUAAAUAUGAAUUCAAGAAAUAGUCAGUGUUCUAAAAAAAUUAUAUUAUCCUGAUUUUAGUUAGUAUUUUCAAAUUAUCACGGUUCACUCUAGUGCUCAUACAAACUCUUGUUUCGUCGACAUUCGUUAUUUGCUGUCGCUAUCAAAAAUAACCUAAAGGAAGGAAACUUCGUUUUUUUUUUGUUGUACUAAGAACUCUCUAGUCAACCAUAUACUAUAUCCCUGAAAUAUACUAUAUCCGCGAGUGAAACAGUAGCAUAACUACUUUGAAAAGAAUAUUGUUUAGUUAUACUACUGUCACAUAGAUGGCGCUGCGAUCAUCAAUCGUUAAUUGGCGCCAAAAAGGAACACAAGAUCCUAAUGCAAUCUAGGAGACAGUAGCUGAACUAAAUGCUCUUCUUUCAGUAGUAAAUUUGUAAGUUCAUUUUUGUGUUCUGCUGCUGUAUAAUAGAUGGCGCUAAUAUCUUAAGAUCCCUUUUUCGAUGCGUUAACGCCAAAACACCUCCUGGCCUUUUAAAGGGGUACCUGCCGUAAAUAUUUUUGCUGACUACAAAAAUAGUCUGAUCAUGUCAUCGGUCUUCUAGAAUGUAUUCGAAAUGAGAAUCCUUGGAUACGGGAAUCGCAAAAUUUAAUUAUUCGCAGAAUUAUUCUCAAAUAAAAAAUGUGUGGUGCAUCACAAAUGUGAGUCACAAAAGUGUUAACUAGGCUAGUAAAUAAAUGUAUAAUUAUGUAUAGUAUCAAUUUUAAAGCCAGAAUACUACCAUAUCAUUUACUUGUAUGAUAUUUUUCUUAUCACAAAUUUUUUUGAAAGUAUACCGAAAAAAGAGAAAUUAUCAAAUAAAUCAUUAUGCAAGUAGUAACAUGUGUGUGUUAUUAUUACUGUAGUCAAAAUAUGGGAUGAAAUCGUGAAGUAUUAAAUUGCAACAGCCUGACUUUGAUUAGUGACAUAAAUGACCUUUCAUAGUGUUUAUACCUUUUUUCGGUAUAUUUUUUUACUUUGUUAUACAGGAGAAGAGCUAUUUUUGUACAUUUAUACAGACAAGCGUUUAGAUAAGUAAAAAAAUGUAGCAACUGACCAUGUACAAGUAAGUUAAAUGAAUAUUAUUUGUGCAGUGUUUUGUUAUAUAUUUAUUUGAAAUAUUUUAUUGUGCUCUGAUUUUAAAAUCUCGAACAAACGCGAACUCUCAGUUAAUUCGAGUACGUGAUUCUUAAUGUUUAGAUAUACGAGUAAUAUUGAACUGAAUCCAGCAAUAAUGUUAGUUCAUCUUCCCAAAUUCUUUUCGGUCAAUGAUACUGAAUUAAUCAAGAAUUAACUUGUGUUCGGCGUUUUAGUGUACAUAAUGUAUUUGUAAUUUGUGACAGGUGAAGUAUUUUUUGUUGUCAGCAUUUAUUUAUAAUUUGUGUUAAGCAUUAUGUAAGUUUUCAAAUAAAUAUUGUUAAAUACGU